GGCGGCCCAUCAAUUGUAAAAAACAUUUAUGGAAGCACGCUCAGUGACAAAACACGUGUACUGUUUAAUAUAAAUAUUGUCUUUUUUAUAAUAUAAAAAAUAGUUAAAAAAGAUAAAAAUGUUGCGCAGACAAGCACGACUUCGAAGGGAGUAUCUUUAUAGAAAAUCCAUUCAAGAUAAAUUAAAAAACAUUCAAGAAAAAAAAGAUAAGAUAAAACGUAGUUUGAAUGAAAAUAUUCCAAUACAUCCGAAUUUGAGAAAAAAUGCAUUAUCGUUGCAACAAAAGUUAGAAUGGGAAGAUUUGGGGCCACAAUUAGCAGCAACUAUGGGUACAGAUGGAGGAGCAACUGGACUUUCCAACGAGGAUGAUGAAUAUCGUUGGGCAGGAGUUGAAAAUCCAAAAAUUGUAAUCACUACUUCUCGAGAUCCUAGUUCAAGGCUUAAAAUGUUUGUAAAAGAAUUACGUUUGAUUCUGCCCAACUCUCAAAGAAUGAAUCGUGGUAACUACGAAAUGAAGCAAUUAAUAAAUGCAUGCAGUUCAAACGAUGUAACAGAUUUUGUUAUCGUCCAUGAACACAGAGGCAUUCCCGAUACUCUUGUAAUAUGUCAUUUACCUUAUGGACCGACUGCAUCAUUUACCAUAUCAGAUGUCAUAAUGCGACACGACAUACCAAACCUAGGAACUAUGUCGGAAGAGUAUCCGCACUUGAUUUUCCAUAACUUUAAAACUAAGUUAGGUAAUAGGAUUGUAAGCAUUCUCAAAUAUUUAUUCCCGGUUCCAAAAGAAGAUAGCAAAAGAAUCAUUACUUUUGCUAAUCAUGAUGACUAUAUAUGCUUCCGUCAUCAUACUUAUAAAAAAGUCAAUGGAAAAGAUGUCGAAUUAAAAGAAGUUGGACCAAGGUUCCAAUUAAAAUUAUAUCAGAUCAAAUUAGGAACGUUAGAUAAUGCAUCCGCUGCUGAUACGGAGUGGGCAUUGAGACCUUAUAUGAAUACAACGCAUAAAAGAAGAUUUUUAUCUGAUGACGAUGGUUGGCAACAAGAAGAUGAAUUUUAAUUGUUAUAUAUUUAUAUAAAAUACAAAAUAUUAGGGAAAACAGAAAUUUACUGUACAUAUUAUGCAUUUUUAAUAAAGAAAAAAAAAACGGAA